AUGGUUGUUGCCCAUGGACUUUCCCCUCAGGAAUGGUAUCCUGAGGUGAGAUAUGCCAACAGUCUUGGAAGCAUGCUAAAGAAAAACAUUGCCAACGCUUCAAAGGGGUCAGCAGAAUCCUUUCUCUAUCUUAAUCUAGCUCACAGAGAUUAUGAUCUUCACCAGUUAGCAUUCUGUGAUCAAAGCCAAGCCCUGCUACGAAAAAUUCCUUGGUUGAUACUUCUAUCAGAUCAAUAUCUUGUCGCUUCUCUGUUCCUGAUCCCAUCUUUCAAUCAAGAGUGUGGGAGUGUCGGUGCUGUAGAAGUGGAAAGAUUGAAGCUUGGGCUUGAAACGCCAUUGUUUAAGCUUUUGGUCAUUGCUGGUUCAUCAAAACCAAAUUCAUUCUUCAGUGAAAAGAUAUGGAGCGUAAUCGUGGUGGUUUCGAGAAAAUCUGAGCGAAAAUGGACUAAUUUUUUACCGGGUCAGAGUGACCCGAGUUUUUCAGUCGGGUCGACCCGAAUGGAUGUAGAAGGAGGGCUGAGAAAAUACCAUUUCGGAGAAGGCAAAGUUUCAUAUUCUCGUGGUCCUAAUGAUUUGGUCUUUGUCUCGUAUCAAGACUCAGCAUUUGAUCUAAUUGCGGGGUUAGCUAAAGCUAAGGUUUCUCCAGCAAAUACUCAAGAUGUUGCAGCAUUAGGUUUUGAUUCUAAAAACGAUUCCUCUCAACCAUCUAGCAUGCCUGAUCAAAAGGUGCUUAAUGAACAGCUGCCUUCCAGAUUUGGCAAUGGAUCAAUUUCAAAAAACAAGUCCUCUCAGCCUACCAGCAUACCUGAUGACGCAGUGGUUAAUGGACUUUUGGCUCCUGGAUCUGGUGAUGGAUCAAGUUCAAAAAACAAGUCCUCUCAGCCUACCAGCAUACCUGAUGACACAGUGGUUAAUGGACUUUUGGCUCCUGGAUCUGGUGAUGAAUCAAGUUCAAAAAAUUAUUCCUUUCAGCCUUCCGGAAAGCCUGAUGAUAAACCUCUUUCCACAAAGCCUACUGACAUGCCAGAUGAUAAGCUGCUCGGUCCACUGUUGGCUCCUGGAUUUGUUGAAGUAUUGGGUUCAAAAACUGAUUCCUCGCAACCUACCAAAACGGCUAAUGAUAAAUUGCUUGAUGGACUUCUAUUCCCUGGUUUUGAUGAUAGAUCCUGCUUGAGCAGAUACCGUUCUUUCCUAUACCGCAAAGCUUCUCAACAUAAGCCCUCUUCCUACCUCCUUUUGAAGUUACGUAAGUACGAAGAUCUUCAUAAACGCUGUGGACCAUACACUAGAUCUUACGAUAAAACCCUAAAGAGACUCAAGUCUAACCAUACAAGUAGUAGCAGUGGGUGUAAUUACAUUGUCUGGUUGGGUUCUAACGGGAUGGGGAACAGGAUAAUAAGCAUGGCUUCAGCAUUUCUUUAUGCUCUCCUCACAAAUCGAGUCCUACUUGUUGAUCAUGGUACUGACAUGACUCAUCUCUUUUGUGAGCCAUUUCCCAACACAUCAUGGGUAUUGCCCAUGGACUUUCCCAUGAAAAAACAAUUCCAUGCCUUGAAACUGAGACAUGAUCGUUUCAGAGAUAUAUCAGAGAAGUCCCCUCCAUCGUUUGUGUAUUUUAAUAUACCUCAUGGUACUUAUGAUUUUGAUGAGCUUUUCCUCUGUGACAAUAGCAGAGCUCUUCUUGAAAAAGUUCCUUGGUUUCUUCUAUCAUCUGAUCAAUAUUUGGCCCCUGCUUUCUUCCUCAGCCCAACUUUCAAGCAAGAGGUAAGCAAGCUGUUCCCAGAAAAAGAAACCAUUUUCCAUCAUUUGGGUCGGUAUCUUUUCCACCCCUCAAAUCAGGCAUGGGGAGUAAUUACAAAGUUCUAUCAGGCUAAUCUAGCGAAGGCAGAACAGAGGAUUGGCCUCCAAAUAAGAAUAUUCAGCCGCAGAACUAGUCCAUUCGAAGUGGUCAUGGAUCAAAUAUUAUCCUGUAUGCUGAAGAACAAGCUUCUUCCAGAAGUAGAUACACAGAACUCUGUACGUUCUCCUCCUGAAAAUCGUCCUUCGAAAGCUAUUCUAAUAACUUCCUUGUUUUCGGAGUACUAUGAGAACAUGAGUGCUUUGUAUCAGUCAAAACCAACUGUGACUGGUGAAGUGAUCAGGGUUUACCAGCCAAGCCACGAAGAAUAUCAACACAAAUCGGACAACAUGCACAACAUGAAAGCCUGGGCUGAAAUUUAUCUCUUGAGCUUGAGUGAUGUUCUAAUCACUAGUGCCGGGUCAACCUUUGGCUAUGUGGCGCAAGGUCUAGGAGGUUUGAAGCCAUGGAUUUUGAUUAGACCAAAGAAUAAGAUGGUUCCAGACCCACCUUGUCGACGAGACAAAUCUAUGGACCCUUGUUUCCAUUAUGCUCCCAAGUAUGAAUGUAAGGCAAAGCACAAAACUGAUUUCGGCACUCUUGUUCCUUACAUAAGGCAUUGUGCGGAUCGGCAGACAGGAGUGAAGCUUUUUAAUGAUCCUAAACGAUCUUAG